AUGAGCACUGGAAAUAAUUCUGCAACAGCAGUGUUUGUCCUGGUGGGAUUAACUCAGCAGUCAGAGCUCUUGCUGCCCCUCUUCCUCCUGUUCCUGGGAAUCUACAUGAUGACAGUAGUGGGGAAUUUGGGCAUGAUUCUGCUCAUCACAUUCAGUCCACUGCUGCACACUCCCAUGUAUUACUUUCUCAGCAGCUUGUCCUUUGUUGAUCUCUGCUAUUCCACGGUCAUUACACCUAAAAUGUUGGUGAACUUUCUUGGAAAGAAAAAUCUGAUCUUCUAUUCUGAGUGCAUGGCCCAGCUCUUUUUCUUUGUGAUCUUUGUGGUGGCUGAGGGUUACCUACUUACUGCCAUGGCAUAUGAUCGCUAUGUGGCCAUCUGCAGACCAUUACUGUAUAAUGUGAUCAUGUCCUCUAGGCUCUGUUCACUGUUAGUUAUGGUUUCCUUCAUCCUAGGCCUUUUGUCUGCCAUUGCACACACAAGUGCUAUGAUGACACUGAGCUUCUGUAAAUCCCACAUCAUAAGCCAUUACUUCUGUGAUGUUCUCCCCCUCCUCAACCUCUCCUGCUCCAGCACACAUCUCAAUGAGCUUCUUCUAUUUAUUAUUGCAGGACUCAACACCUUGGUGCCUACCAUAGCUGUUUUUGUCUCUUAUAUCUUUAUCUUCUCCAACAUCCUUCGCAUCAGAUCAUCAGAGGGUCGGUCCAAAGCUUUUGGAACUUGCAGCUCUCAUCUCAUGGCUGUGGGGAUCUUUUUUGGUUCUAUCACCUUCAUGUAUUUCAAACCUCCUUCUAGUAAUACUUUGGAGGAAGAGAAGGUGUCCUCUGUAUUUUAUACCACAGUGAUCCCCUUGUUGAACCCAUUAAUAUAUAGUUUGAGGAACAAAGAUGUGAAAAGAGCUUUGGGAAGAUUCUUGGUGGGGAGAUAA